AUGGCACAUCCAGCACUAUCCUCUUCUAUCACUUACAACUGGACUUAUGAUGUGUUCCUUAGUUUUUAUGGUGAAGAUACUCGCUUAGGCUUCACCAGCUAUCUCUACAAUUCUCUGCAUCAAAGAGGAAUUCACGCCUUUCUCGAUGAUGAAUUCAUUAGGAUUGGGGAAAAUAUCACACCUGCGCUUUUUCAAGCUAUACAAGAAUCAAGAAUAGCCAUCAUAGUUUUCUCAGAAAACUAUGCAAACUCAACAUUUUGUUUGCAAGAACUGGAAAAGAUUCUGGAGUGCUUCAAGGAAGAGAGUCGGUUGAUAUAUCCAGUAUUUUAUUAUGUGGACCCAUCAGAACUACGACGUCCCAGAGAAAGCUAUGCAGAAGCAUUGGCUCGACUGGAGAAAAGAUUCGAAGACAACAAGCACAAGGUGGAAAAAUGGAGGCUCGCUCUGUCUCAAGCUGCUGAACUCAAAGGCUGUCAUCUCAAACCCAAGAUUGCAAAUGAACAAGAGUGUAUUACAAGGAUCACGAAAGAAAUUGCUGCUAAGAUUAACCAGCAGCAUUUACAUACUACAGAUUAUCAAGUUGGACUUGUGCCCCGAGCCAAGGAAGUUAUCACUUAUUUAGAUCUUUGGUCUACUGAAGAAAAAAAAAUUAUAGGAAUUUGGGGAGCUGGCGGAAUAGGUAAAUCCACUAUUGCAAGAGCUGUAUAUAAUUCCAUUGCUGAUAAUUUUGAAGGCUUAUGUUUUCUUUCUGAUGUAAGAAAACAUUCUGAAAAUCCAACUGGUUUGUCACAUCUUCAAGAGACAUUAUUACGUACAUUAGUCAAGGAGAAAGAUCUCAGAUUGGGUGACUAUCAUGAAGGAAUACCAAUAAUAGAACAUAGGCUUAGUAAGAGGAAGAUUCUUUUGAUUCUUGAUGAUGUUGACAAGUUAGAGCAAUUAAAAGCACUUGCUGGUAGUUCUAACUGGUUUGGUUGUGGAAGUAGAAUCAUCAUCACAACCAGGAAUAAGAAAUUAUUAGUGAGUCAUGGUGUUACAAGCAUUUAUGACGUCAAGGAAUUAGAUGAUAAGGAAUCUCUUAAGUUGCUUAGUUGGCAUGCCUUUGAAAAAGAAAACGUGGAUUCGAACUUCAUAGAGGCUUGCAAUCGUGCCAUAAAUUAUUCAUGUGGUUUUCCACUAGUUUUAGAAGUGAUUGGUUCUAACUUGCGUGGUGAAGGAGUUAAUCUUUGGAAUUCUGCAUUGGAUCAAUUCAAAAGCAUUCCACAUGAAAGUAUUUUGGGCGCCUUCAAAUUAAGCUAUGAUACUUUAGGGAAAGUGGAGAAACAAGUUUUCCUUGACUUGGCUUGUUUUUUCAAUGGUGAGAAAUUAGCAAUUGUCAGUGAUAUGUUGCUAUGUGUUCGUGGAAUCCGAUUAGAAUAUGCCAUUAAAGUGUUGACUGAUAAAUCCCUAAUAAAGAUUGAAAGAGCUUGUGUGAUAAUGCACGACUUGAUAGAAGAUAUAGGUAAAGAGAUCGUUCGACAACAAUCACCAUGUGAGCCUGGUGGACGUAGUAGACUAUGGUUCUACAAAGACAUUCUUCAUGUCUUGCAACAAGACACGGCACUAAACUUUCAAUCUGGGAAAAAAAACUUUAUUUUACCUGGAGAAAAAUUUCCAGAAGGGCUCCAUAACUAUAGUCGGGAAAAUUCUGUGUCAUUCUGGGUUCGCAACAUGUUCCCAACGACUUUUCUCUGGAUUCUUGUUAAAGAUAACCAGGAUUAUGUCUACAGUUGUCAAUUCUCUGUGGACAUUGACGAGGCCAUCAGGCUGGGUAUUUCUUCUAAGUGGAGUUCAUUGUCACCAAUAAAGACUAAUCAUAUUUAUAUAUGUGAUAUGCACAGCAUGAUUCACAACACUGAACUCCCCAUUACAAAUGAGUGGAGUCAAGUGAAGGCUGCCAUUAAGAGCAAAACACAGGAAACAGAAGGCGAAAAAGAAAUUUAUUUUGGAGUUCAUGUAUACGAUCUACAAAGCAACUUGGAAAAUAUUCAAUUCGUGGAACCCGUGGAUUACUCAACAAAAGACAUAUGUGUCAAGCACAAGUUUAAGUGUUAUCAGGAUUUACAAAUUUCGGUAGAUGGCGGUUAUAUUUGGUCAGGAGGUCGUUCCUACGACAACUUGAUUGAGUUGUGCCUGGCAGAUUGCAACAGAUGUCGGAGAAUUCCUGCACUUCACCAUCUACCUUCUCUGAGGUCCUUAAGAAUUGAAAGAUUACAACGUGUGGUGACUGUGGAUUCUGAGUUUUUCAAGGCUGCAAAUGAUUGUGCUUCACUUAUAGUACCGUUUCCCUCCCUUGAAACCCUUCAUUUUGAAGAUAUGAUCUCCUGGCAACAAUGGCAUUCUAUUGAUAUGCAAGCUUUUCCUAAACUCCGCUUUCUUAGCUUUGUUGAUUGCCCCGAAUUAGUUGGAAAUUUACCUCCCCAACUUCUUUCUUUAGAGGGUCUGAGAAUUAUGUCAUGUCCACUGCUUGCUUCUUCUAUCCCAAAGUGUCCAAACAUUCACGAAUUAGCAAUAAUUAAAAGUGAAAAUGUAGUGUUGCAAGAGCAAGAAUUACCACCUUCCCUACGCCGUCUGGCAAUUUCAAGCGCGCACAUGUUGGGUCCUCUGUCUGAAAAGUCGCAUAUUGAAGAUUUAACGGUGGAUUGUUCUGAUGCUGUGCCAUCUCCAGUGAUUCAUAUUCCCCCUUCAGCGAAACAGUUAGACGUGAGAAACUGUGAAAAUCUCAAGGCUUGUUUGGUUUCAAAGGCACCUCUUCUUCAUCUCCGAAAGAUUUCCAUUUACAAAUGCAAGUUUCUGCCGUCCUUGUUUGAUGGCAUGGAACGUCUUGUCCCAAAUUUAAAAGAGCUAAGCAUAGAAGGAUGUCCAGAAAUGGAGCCAUUUUCAGCAAGUGGCAUCGCCUUCCAACUAUCACUGAGCUUCUCAUCUCUACUCUAUCUGACACAUUACAUUGCACGGGACUUCAACAUCUAA